GAUCAACAAGGACAAGGCUGUUUGCUCCUCACCCAACACCACCCACCGCAUCCACCCCCCUACUUCCCUCACCCCAAUCACAUCGAUCCGCCUGCCCCAUAGGGCCAGAAAAUCCUGAAACCUGUUCACAAGACCGUCACAGGUGCCUGGAGCCCACUGCCUCUUUAUUGCUCCAUCAGACCUACUACUUGUUCCAUCGUUCCUCAUGGAGGUGGCCAAACUCGGACCCUACUCUUACGCUGGGACCAUAAUCCUCUGUAUCUCGCUGCUGCUUCGUUGGGGUCAGACCAGCCCGAUUCCAUCGCUUGAAGAGCCCAGAUCGGUUUCAGGAGCGUCCAGGCAGGUGGAUCUAUCUCUGCUGGGUCAGGAUGAUAACGUGGAUGCUCAGGUGUUGCUGGGCCAGUUCCUCUACAUGUUAAAUCUGACAGAGCAAGGGGCAGCGCCGAGGCCCCGGGCUGCUCGGGUCGAGCCGCCAGAGUACAUGCUGGAACUGUACAACCAGUACGCCAAAGACCGCAGCACCAUGCCUGAGGCCAAUAUUGCACGCAGUUUCAAGAACGAAGACUCCUCCCCCCAUGGAGUGACGAGCAGAGGUGUGAGGACAUACCCACUUAUGUUCAACGUCUCCGUCCCACAUCAGGAACGCAUCAUCGCAGCUGAGCUCCGCCUCUACAUGCUGGUCAAUCGAGAUCCAGGGCGCUACGAAGGUGUCGACUGGAAGGUCACCGUUUUUGAGAUGCAGGGUGAAGGUGCCUCUCCACUUGGGGGCGUUGGUGGGGAAGGUGGGAAAAGUGAGAACGGACUGAUUGGAAUGCAGGAGCUGGCGGUGAGGAACGGCCAUCGCAAACACAGCGGCUGGGAGGUGUUCGUUCUGACAGACGCUGCCCAGCGCUGGAGGAAAUCUGAAGGCACAAGCCACUGGCUGGAGCUCCAUGUUGAAAGCCUGAACAAUGACGCCAAUGAAGGCCAUUUAUGGGAUAAAGAUGAUGGAGAUGGAGUUGGUUUGAUUGGUCUGGACAUUGAUACCAGCCCAGAAGGAAAGCAUGAACCAGUGCUCAUAGUCUUCUCAGAUAAAGAAGAUGAGAAUCUGCAUAAAAACAAAGAGGAACAGAAGAAGAAGAAGAAGAUCGAGGAGAAUGACCUGCCAAAUCCUAGUGAAUUGUGGGCCAAUGACAAAGACAGUGAGGAGAAACAACAGAAUGAAGCCCUUUAUAUGCAAAUGCAUUCCAACGUAAUCUAUGACAGUGCCCCCAGAACCCGCCGCAACGCCAAGGGCAACCACUGCAAGAGGACUUCGCUUUAUGUGGAAUUUAAGGACAUCGGCUGGGACUCGUGGAUUCUGGCCCCACCUGGCUUCGAGGCAUACACCUGCCACGGGGCGUGCUCUUACCCCAUAUCCUCACAACUAACGCCCACCAAACACGCCAUAAUCCAAACGCUCUUCAAUCUGAAAAGCCCUCAGAAAGCCUCACAAGCUUGCUGCGUGCCCACCAAACUGGACCCCAUCUCCCUUCUGUACGAGAAUGAAAACGGUAACGUUAUUUUCCAGCACAAGUACGAGGGCAUGGUCGUGGCGGAGUGCGGUUGCAGAUAGUAUUGAAGACACAAGCGAAGACACAUGAAAUGUAACAAAAGAGAUUGUUAUCAAAGGAUCAGAUGUGAACAGAUCACUGCACGGCAAUAAACAUUGAUGUGACGGCUUUGCGUGACGGCUAACGCGUUAGCUAGCAAGUCUAUGUAAAAGUACAGUAUAAAGAGACGACGUUGUCAGUAGCACAGGAGCAUGUUGCUAAGCGAAGUAUCCAAACAAUGCAUCCCCUCAUGGAAAGACUGCUAAGCUAAGCUAAAAGGAGCGGUGAAAGGAAAUUUACUUAGAUUUCUCUCAGAGUAAAUCUUUAACAAUUGUAUAAUAAGCAAGCUAGAAGCAUGCCUGUUUGUUUUACCAGCUGUGCACAGUGUCUUGCCACAUGUAUGCUAUAAAUAUGGUAUAUAUUAUUAAUUUAAGUUCAAAUACUGUACACAUACAAUAUACUAGUAGUUCAAUUAUUAUUAACAAUUGUGGAAGGUUGCCAGCAUGACCACAUUUUGAAACCACAAAUUAGUCCAUUCAGCGUGGGUGAGGUUGAACGUUUCACAUCCAGAGUCGUAGCUACUGUUGCAAAAAUGUCCAUUCACUGCAGUUAUAAAGAAACUUUAGAUGAUGUGUUUUUUUUUAGGGUUGGAAUAAAGAGAUUUAGCAGAAUCAUCUUUACAGCCAUUUACAAUUUUUUUUAUUGCGGUUGCCAGACAGGACAAAGAGGACACACCUGAGAACACAAACACACCAGACAGUUCUGGUGAAGCAGAUCCGAGCCAUUUGUCAAAAAAAAGAAAGUAGAAAAGAACAGUGUAGGGAUUAUAAGACAGUAGAGGGUACUAUAAGUAAUAUAGCGUAGUAAAGGGGCGUAUAGGAUUGUAUAAGGAAGCAAAUACAUUAUAGUGUGAUAUUAUAGAGUAUAUGAUAGUAUAUAGUAGUAUAGGUUAGUAUAGAGUAGUAUAGGGUAGUAUAGAUAAGUAUAUGGAAGUAUAGUGUAGUAUAGGGUAGUGUAGAGUAGUGUAGGGUAGUGUAGGGUAGUAUAGGGUAAUAAAGGGUAGUAUAGAAUAGAAGAGAGUAGAAUAGAAUACUAUUGGGUAGUAUAGAGUAGUAUAGGGAAGUAUGUGGUAGUAGAGGGAGAAUAAGGGAGUGAAAAGAGUAUAGUGCAUUAUAGAGUAGUAUAAACAGAUAUAGUUUAGAUAUAGUAGAAUGGGGAAGUACAGGGAAGUAAGUGGUAUUAGAGGGAAUAUAGGGGAGUAGAGGGAGUUAUAUGGAAACAUUUGAUGUAAGUGUAACAAUCGUUCAUAAUUGUGUAUAUACUGUUUGUGGAGCAACAAUAGUGUACGUUGUAUUACUGGAUGUGCUGGAGGUGUUUACACCUUGAUUUCAACAUCCAUUGGCUUUAGCUGUAUUCUUCAUUAACAAAUUAAUUUUAAAAAGUAUGUUAAAGGAUAAAUUAUGAAUAAAAACAUGUAGUACAAACAUCUAUUACAUGGUGAUUAACUACAAACUACAAGUCUAAACUCAAACCUAAAUUCUCUAGGCUGACCAACCUUGCAGCAGUCAAUACCAAUUGUGAAUACAAGACAUCAGAAUCAGUUAGAUGGGAUCAUUCAAUCAGAACCAUUGAAUUCAUUGCUCAAGCUCUACAUUAAUAAAUAUUAUAUAUAUAACAAUUCUGAGCAAUGACUGAGGACAACCUGAAGAGCUCAAAGAGUCAAUAUGUCAGCCUAAAUUAAUUGUUCAUUGGUUUUCAAAGUUCAAAGUUAUCAUGGCUUCCUCGCUUUUGGAGCUUAAUCAAACUUUGAUGUUUUGAUGUUUGAUUGAAUGAUAAGCUGAGAUAAGUGUGUGUUUGUUAAGUGAGAAAUAAAGCUGAAACUCCUGCUUCCACAA